UCUUGUCGAAAUGGACGCGCGAUGAGAGCAAAUGGCGGCUAAUGUUUAUUCAAAGGACGAAGUGGCACAACAUGAUGGUAAAGACGGACGCAAAGUUUGGAUUAUUUACAAGGAUGCUGUCUAUGACGCGACUGGUUACGACCACCCUGGAGGCUUUGAAUUGAUCAUGGAAUGGGCGGGAAAAGAUGCGACAAUUGCCUUUGAUAAUGCCAAUCAUAGUAAUGCAGCAAGACGCGAUUUGCAAGAACGGAAAAUCGGAGAAUUAAGAAUGAGCGAUCGUUCGCAGAGACUAAGAGGUGCAAGUGCUAGGGCACUGAAACGUGGAGAAUCAGUAAGAGACCCUAGAGGAAGCAGCUGAAGCACAAAAAAAUACUGUAAUACGUAACGUACACGGUAGACAAUAAACCAUACUUUUUAAUCAA